CAGGGUCGUUCCUACAAUCCCAAUAGAAACCAAGCAACCCUUCAGUUCAACAGAUAUCUACAAAAUGUGUUUGAAAGCUGACGGCAAGUUGAACACAGAUCUGAUCUGGAGCAAAGCAGCAGAGUUGGGGAUACACCAGUUUAUUCAGGUGACAUUUUAAUAUUCAUAUUCCAUGAACCCAUGAUAUCUCAAACGUGGUGGUCCAGUGUAGGUAGUAUUCUGCAAUAAGCUGCCAUGGUUUGUGUCUGAACUACCUGAAAAAGGUAUCUCAAAUGUGGUGGUCCAGUGUAGGUAGUAUUCUACAAUAAGCUGCCGUGGUUUGUGUCUGAACUACCUGAAAAAGGUAUCUCAAAUGUGGUGGUCCAGUGUAGGUAGUAUUCUACAAUAAGCUGCCGUGGUUUGUGUCUGAACUACUUGAAAAAGAUAUCUCAAAGUGGUGGUCCAGUCAUCCAGUGUAGGUAGUAUUCUACAAUAAGCUGUCGUGUUUGUGUCUGAACUAUCUAAAAAUAUUAAGAUAAAAUAAACAGUCCUCUUUAGCUACACAUGAAUGUAUAUAAUCAUGAUAUUGAAUUUAUUCAGGUUGAGUUUGAAUCUGUGACUGACGUUGCUUGUCUUGAGAAUGAGAAUCUCGUGAAGUACGCGAUAACCAGAGCUCUGCAUCUUCAAGAGAUCUUCAAUUUGGUCGCACAGAAAUACGACAAGAAGAACCUGAAUGUCGUUGAGUUUCCGUAUUACUGGGUGAAAGGAUACAGCUUUUUAUUGAGGUAACACAAUACAUCCAAGAUCUAUAUAAUGAUUGUCAUCUCAACUCGGGCAAUUUUUACGAUUAGCAUUUCUGUAGCUCAACAGGGCAACAUAUCUGUAGAUCAAAUGCGUUUUACACCAAGUAUUACGCUUACCUAACUACAGUACAUAUUAUUAGUCAAGGGCGGAUUUUCAUUUAUUUAAAAGGAGGGGUAGAAAACUUUCGACACCACUCAGUGAGCUACAGCACGGGUUAGGCGUUUGGGUUGAAGCCUUUCACACAAAAUGGUAGGGGUGAAGCAAACUUUUGAUGGGGUUGAACACUUUAUUGGAGGGGUUAGAGAGAUUCUGGGAGGGGUUUAAUCCCCCAGUAAAUCCGCCCAUGUUAUUGGCACUGACGAAGAUCCGGGCUUACGGAUCGAAAGCUUUGCAGUAUAAUAAAUUUACGUGAUGUUUCCACAAACAAAAGUAUUAUUAUAGUACAUACUUAGCCUAGACUAUUUUAUCUUAAAUUGUGAUAUUACUUUCUUAACUGUGUUUAUCCUAACCCACCCUGUCAACUUUCCCUGUGGGAGGGAACCGGAGCACCCUCAUUCUCGUACCCAGAGCCCUUCUUACGCGCGGUGCGACGAGGGGCUCUGGCCAAAUCCAUAACCGGGUACCAUAAAAACAUGGUAAGAAAGCAAUGUUCGGUGUUAGAACUAUGUAGCCAAUCAGAUGCCAGUUCGGAAUAUGGAUUUGGCCAGAGCCCCUCGUCGCACCGCGCGUAAGAAGGGCUCUGGGUACGAGAAUGGAGCACCCUGAGAAAACCCACGACUUUCGGCAGAGCGUUGACUGACUUUUUUCACACGUAUCCGUAGCGAGAAUCCAACCCACGAUCUCAGAGGUGAAGGCGCUUGCUGUGAUGACUGCGCCGCAGGGCUCGAAUUUUAUCGCGGCAAUUGCCGUAGAGGGAGAACAAAAUGCCGUGGAUCAUUGCGGCAACGACGGGAAUUUUUUGCCGUAUAGUGCAAUUUUUAUACUAUUCACUGUGCAUUACUAUUUUGAUACUUGAAUUCAGAUGUUGAUCAAAUCAUGCGUAAAUCACUAUUUUAGUCUCAGUUUUCUUCGAACUAAAAACACUAAAGAAAUACGUAGACAUGUUUCUAGCUUGUCAAAAAUCCAAAGUGACAAUAAAAUUAAAGUUUUAUUACAGUAAUUUGAAAAAUGCCGUGGAAACUGCCAAAAUUGCCGUAGACAGCUGUUACGUUCUACGGCAAUUUUUAACGCCAUUGCCGUCGAUUGAUUUCAGGGAAAUUCGAGGCCUGCUGCGCCACCGAAGGGCGAAGUUCCAUAAGUAUAAUUUAUGAAAUGAAUUAUUGUGGCACAAUCGAUCAAUCACUAAAGAUUUCCCUCACUGACAAAAGCAGUUUUCUUUUUAAGAUGUGCCACGACAGAGUGUGCUGAUAUUCUGAAUAACGAGGCGGAGAGGUCCAUCAAUACGGAAGCAUUGGAACGAAAUCUUGCUUCGUUUGGACUAGAAAGAAAUAUCGUCGCUUCUGAUGGCAACUGUUGUUUUUCAAGCAUUAUCUCACAGUUAUACAAAGUUAAAGCAAGUGAAACUAUGUCCAAAGAAUAUACUGAGUUUAUUACUGAUCUAGGUAAGAUCAGAAUCUGUAUUAGAUCAAGUGUCUGUAUUAGAGAGGUGUCUGUAACAGAGAGGUGUUUGUAUUAGAAAGGUACCUGUAUUAAAGAGGUACCUGUAUUAGAGAGAUGUCUGUAUUAGAGAGGUGUUUGUAUUAGAAAGGUACCUGUAUUAGAGAGGUGUCUGUAUUAGAGAAGUGUCUGUAUUGGAGAGGUACCUGUAUUAGAGAGAUGUCUGUAUUAGAGAGGUGUCUGUAUUAGAGAGGUACUUGUAUUAGAGAGGUGUCUGUAUUAGAGAGGUACCUGUAUUAGAGAGGUGUCCGUAUUAGAGAGGUGUCUGUAUUGGAGAGGUGUCUGUAUUAGAGAGGUGUCUGUAUUAGAGAGGUGUCUGUAUUAGAGAGGUGUCUGCAUUAGAGAGGUGUCUGUAUUAGAGAGGUGUCGGUAUUAGAGAGGUGUCUGUAUUAGAGAGGUGUCUGUAUUAGAGAGGUGUCUGUAUUGGAGAGGUGUCUGUAUUAGAGAGGUGCCUGUAUUAGAGAGGUGUCCGUAUUAGAGAGGUGUCCGUAUUAGAGAGGUGUCCGUAUUAGAGAGGUGUCCGUAUUAAAGAGGUGUCCGUAUUAAAGAGGUAUUGCUAUAAGAGAGAUCUCUGUUUCCAUUUGUUCUAGGUCUGUAUAAAAGUGUAGAAGAAGACAUGAGCACACUUCGAGAGUUAUUUACAAAAGAAGUCUCAAGCAAUCUCGACACGUACAAGAAAUGGAUCAACCUGCCUGACCCUGAAGCACAGCUUGAGAUCGAGCAGUUCUCGAAGCCAGGCUGGUUUAGUUCAGACAUUGGUGAUCUCUGCGUCAUGGUCUGCAGUCGUAUCGUCCAAGCGCCCAUCGUUGUCAUAACAUCGUAUAUUCACGCGCCAUACUUGCCCUUCUUGCCAGAAAAAUUGUCCUCUUCGCAACCGUUAUUCAUUGCGUUUGACCACACUGCUCCAGGACACUACGACUCCACACAAGGUGGGUGACGAGUACCAGUUCUCCUUUAAAAAGUUCUUGCUAGUCUCAAUACAUAUCACAGUUGUUUUGGGUUUGUUUUGCGUUUGUUUUGGCUUUGUUUUGAUGUUGUUCUGGGUUUGUUUUGAGUUUGUUUUGGGGUUAUUUUGAGUUUGUUUUGGGGUUCUUUCGGUGUUGUUUUGAGUUUGUUUCGGGUUUGUUGUGAGGUUGUUUUGGGUUGGGUUUGUUUGGGGGUUGUUUUGGGGGUUGUUUCGAGUUUGUUUUACCUUGUGACAUUCUUGUUAUAUCAUGAAUAUAUUAGAACAACCUUGUAACAUUAGUCUGGUAAUGCCAUCAAGCUUGUUACAAGUUGUCAACAGCUUGUUCCAACAACAACUGGGAACAAGCAGUGCGAACACAACUUUUCUACAGCUUGUGAACAGGGUUGUAAAAACUUAUUUGCAGACCUGUAACAACUUGUGCGUUUUUACGCGUGAAGGCCUAGUUUUCUUUACAUCUUUCUGUAUAUUUCCAGAACUCUUGUUACCAUCCAUGAAGAGUCCUACAGGUUUGAAAUGUUCCUGUGGCAAGGCGAGGAAAGGUGAUAAAGAAUACAGUACAAAAUCAUGCACAGAAACAGAACCUGGGCAAUCCAAGUGUUCUUGUUUCAAACUGGGUCAGCCCUGCGGCAGAUUGUGUCGCUGUAAGGAUUGUUGCAAUCCUUUGAACGAGAGUGAAAGAAAGUUUCGUCCUGCCAGGAAAAACAGAAAGGCAUGUAUGUGCGGCAAUGGAAGAAAGGUACUAUAUUUUGUAAAAUUAUUGUAAUACAAAAAUUUUGUAAUACAAAAAAAUCUCUUAAUAAUUCAUGGGAAAAAAAACUCAAAAGAAAUCAAUGUUUAACGUGAGCUGUUAACGUUGUAUCCACAUUUACAAAAUUCUCCAUGAACUUUUCCUUCGAUUUUCUCAAGUAAAAUCACUUUGAAUAAUUUCUGAUCUUGAUAAUUUUCUUGCAGGAAAGUGAUGGUGAGUUCGUCUCGUGUAAAGACAAAGAUAGUCGUAAAUCCAAGUGUCCGUGUUUACGAGACAACGUCGGUUGCACGAGUGACUGUCGUUGUCGUCAUUGCGGCAACAUCUAUAACUCUCCUGAUGAUCUCCCUGGCAAGAGGCAGCCUGAAGACGAACCAGCCGCAUUUAAAGGGAAAGCGAAACGCAGACGAAGCAACCCGCAGGUUAGAUCAUCAUAAUCUACACACGUAAAAACGUACAAGUCACAAGCUUUCAACAACUUACAGGUCUGCAAACAGGUCUGUUUGUUACAGGUCUGUUUGUUACAGGUCUGUAAAAAAGUUGUUACAAAUCUGUUCACAAGUUGUCGACAAGUUGUGUUCGCACUGCUUGUUCCCAGUUUGUUGUAACAAGUUUGGAACAAGCUGUUAACAACUUGUAACAAGCUUGAUGGCAUUAUCAGGCUUGUUACAAGGUUUUCCUAACAAGUCUGAUACAGUCAUAAUAUAACAAGAAUGUUACAAGGUUGACGACACAAGGUUGUAACAAUAUUGUUAUAUCAUGACUGUGUCGGACUUUACUUUGGGGUUAGGGGGGUGGGGGUUAGAGGUUGGGGUGGGGGUUAGGGUUAACAACCCAAUAACUUACUGCUAAUAACGGUUGAUAAUUACAAUACUAUAUUGUUGAUAACGCAAGGAGCGGCUGGCAUUCGAGACUCGAUCUGAAAUGGCUUAUAUCUCUAAAAACAGCAGCAGAAGUUAUUUUUGUCUGAACGAAACUACUUUUCUUUAGUCUUACAAGCGAAUCAAAGGAGCGGUGUUUGCGUCCAACCAAGAUGGCGAGCUCUCCUCGGGGAUCUGGACCGAGCUUGAAACCAUCAUGCUUGUCGUCAUUCAGGAAAUCUUGUUUCUAACUGACCUGCCUUCUGAGCCUGCAAACAUCACGUCGCUGUACCAGUUUAUCGCGGCUUCGGAAUUUGUCACUGAAAUUAAACUUCCUAUUGUGAAGAAGGAAGCUGUGGAAGUUCAAGCUAAGCUCGAGGAAAUGGUUGCCAAGCAACAGCUGAUGUUAGCAGGAUUGAAUCCGCAAACAUUGACUGUCAGCGAAGUUGAGAUGGCGACCGUGUGACAUUGUUUUACACCUUACUACAUUUGAGAACUUUUUAUCUUUUAAUAACCAUGGUCCAUGUUAAAUGGUUACUUGUUCACACGCGAUGUCACUCGCAUCACAUUCUAUAUUCAUACGGAAUUUUAUCUGUUUGUAAAUGUACCUGAUUAAUAAUAGUGUUGGGCAAUUAUUGAUAUUAUCGAUUCCUUCUGCCAUAUCGUAUUGAAGGCAGAAACGAUAUAUCGUAAUUAUCGUGAUUAUCGUGAUAUUGCAUCGCAUGUGUACAUAGCUUUCUUAAAAGCCGAAAACAAUUCUUUUAAUCGUUGGAAAUAUACUUCUUAGAAAAUUUGAAUUUGUUUCUGUUUUAAUUAAUGUUCUUUACAUUAAUUAAAAAUGAAACUAUGUGGUUAUUGUUUUUAUUAUGUAUUACAUCCGUCUACCUAAAAUCUCAAUGUUUACGGGUAUAUCACACGAAUUUUACGCACAUGUAUUAAAUUGCAAUUACAUUUGUAGCCUAUUAGACUCCUAUUAGAAAGAACUUUUCAAAUUAUUCAGCAUAACAUUCUUGCAGGGAUAUGUAUAUUUUAUCGUGUCAAUUGUGAAUUAUACAGUAUAAGUUGGUG